CCAAGUGUAUAAUAUUAACAGAAUCCAGGCGGUGUGUGUGAUUUACCCUAUCUUUUUACCCAGCUUCUUUAUUUCAGAGGAGGGGAUCCACAACACCCACGGUUAGGGUUCCUCCUCUCCCCAAGUAAGACCACAAGAAUUCGACAACCUUAUCAUACAUCAUAUACAAAUAGCCCUUCACGACGGAGAAGAAUUUGUCACUGUGAAUCGAAACUAGGGUUUAACUCUACCUCUUCAACGCUCAACAUCUCUCCGAAGGAUUUUCCAGUUUCCGAGUUCUUUCCAACAAUUCCGAUUGCCAUGGCUGACAAGGAUCAAGUUGUGGGGAUCGAAACCAUAGCUCCUCUCAUAGAACAGCUUGGUAAGGCAUUCCUUGAACUAGAAGCUCACAAUGCUGUCUCUGAGGACAAUGUUCAGUGGUCGGAAAUUGAAGAAUACUUCCGGCACCUUGAGACAACGAUUAAGAAAAAGUUUGAAGAACUAGAACUUAAAGAGAAGGAGUUGAAAGAAAAAGAAUCUGGUACUAAUGCAUUUCUGGCAGAGAGAGAGUCUGUUGUCGUGGCUAAAGAGCAAGAUUUGUUGGAUCGAAUUCAGGAGUUGAAGGAUGCUGCUGUUGCUGCAAUUGCAGAGGCACUAGCAAAGUACCAGCCACAACUUUCAGAGGCAAUUGAUGGGGACUACAAAGAAACCAAGGUAAGUAGCUCUCUCGACGAUACUAAUACACUCCUCAUAGAUGCACCAGAGGAGUAUUCCCCAAUUAAAGCAGGUGAAAAUGCUGAAGGUGACGAGGUGGUUGAGCCUCGUCCAGAGCUGACGCAAUUUUGCGAGCAAAUGGAUGCGAAAGGGCUUCUGAGUUACACAUUGGAGAAUAAAAAUGACAUAAAAACCCUCCGCGCGGAACUUUCCGUUGCGCUGGAAAGUGCUACCGAACCGGGCAAUUUAGUUCUGGCUUCACUCGAGGGGUUCUACCCUCCUACCCAAGAAGGGGAUAAAAAUGACGAUGAUGCCCUUCAGGGCAUGCGUCAGUCCUGUAUUAUGUUAACGGAAGCCAUGGCCACCUUAUUGACAAGGGCUGAUGACAACGUUUUAAGCCCUGAAAUUAAGCAGCAAGCCAAGGCCAUUGCUGAUGAGUGGAAGCCUAAGUUGGCUGCUGCCAAUGGAAAUUCAUUGGAAGCUGAAGCAUUCCUGCAGCUCCUUGCGACUUUUAGGAUUGCGUCAGAGUUUGACGAAGAAGAACUCUGCAAGCUUGUUCUUCUUGCAGUUGCUCACCAGAGGCGGGGCCCUGAGCUCUGCCGUUCUCUUGGUUUAACAGACCAGAUGCCAGGUUUUGUUGAAGAAUUAGUGCAAAGUGGGAGGCAAAUUGAUGCUGUACAUUUUGCCCAUGCCUUCAAGCUUACUGAGAGCUUCCCUCUUGUGCCCCUCCUAAAAACCUAUUUGAAGGAUUUGAGGAGGAACUCACAAGGAAAACCUGGUGGCGGUGGUACUGGUGCAAUGAACGAGGCAAAUGCUCAAGAACUUGCUGCCCUUAAAGCUGUUAUUUGUUGCGUUAGAGAUUACAAUCUGGAGGCUGAAUACCCGCUUGAUCCACUUCAGAAAAGAGUUGCCCAGCUAGAGAACUUAAGACCUGACAAGAGGAGGCCCGUUGAAUCUGUUAAACCACAGCAGUACAAGAAGCCACGAGCAAAUGGAGGAAGGUUUGGGUCUCGUGCACCUGGCGGUGGUCGUUCCGGUGCUCCUCCUGCUGCCGCUGCCGGUGGUGGUGGUAGACAGGUUCCACCCAUUUAUGGUGAGAGAGCUACUUUAUAUCCAGGGAUAACGGAGAGGUAUCCACCUGCUGUCCCGACUGCCUAUGAUUAUGAAAAUCCAAGCCAGUCUCCUUAUGCUCAGCAAGCUUAUGAUCAGAGACCAUACUACUAUCCCCAAGAUGAUCAAAGAGUUGCUUCAUCUACGUAUGCUGCUGCUCCAUCUAGCUAUGGUAGUUAUGCAGGUAGUGGAGUGCAGCCUUCGCACCAACAGUAUAUGUAGUUCAUCAGUAAUUGCAACCCUAGGGAAUUUGCUCGGUAGGAGACCAGAUUAUUGGAUAAUUCUUCCUGGUGCAAUCAUGUGUAACUUUUGUUCUCUCAUUUUCUGUUUUUUUAAAGGUGUCUGCAAUGACUAAUUAGAAGUAUUUUAACAUGGAAACUAAUUAGAUGGAUAUUUCCCAUUA